AAGUUUAAUGAAGAAUUUCUUUUUUCUGGAGUGAUUCAUAUUUCUCAAUGUGUGUGUGUGUGUUUGCGUGUAAUUUGAAAUCUUUGUUUUGCCAAAAACACUGUUCCAGAAAUGGAAAAAAAUUUGUCCAUUUAAAAAACAUGGCAACAUUAAUUGUAUGAAUCAUUCAUUUUUUGUGCAUGUGUGUUUUGGAUACAAGCAGCAACAAGAGACUGAUUUUGUCAUUUUUUUUUUUUGCUAUCCAUUCGAUCAUCAUCAUAGAUAUUUAUAACACAACGAGAACAAUUCGACAAAACAUUUAACAAUCGAUUAUUUGUAUGUGUGUGCAAUAUACAUCGAUAUCUUGUGAAUUUUAUUGUUUUUUGAGACAUCAACAAUAAAUAUUUGUUUCCAAUUUAAAAUAAAAAGGAAAACUACCCGGAUUUUUUAAAAUUCUAAUCAUCUUCAUCAUUUUUUCUUUGUUUGAAAAUGGGUCUAUUUCAUAGUCCUAAAUGCCGACUUUUGUCAAUGUUGUGUUUGACGUUUUUCUUUUUUUUGGUUGAAAUAAUUGUUGGUUAUUUAACCAAUUCAACUGCAUUAAUUGCCGACAGUUUUCAUAUGCUUUCCGAUGUUGUUGCUCUAGUCAUUGCCUAUGUAUCUGUGAGGAUGUCACCAAAAAAGUGGUCAAAAAAUACAUUUGGUUGGGCUCGUGCCGAAGUAUUGGGUGCAUUGAUCAAUGCCGUAUUUUUAGUUGCACUAUGUUUUUCCAUAUUGAUUGAAUCAUUAAAACGUAUUGUUGAUCCAGAAAAAUUACACAAUCCAAUUUUGAUAUUGGUGGUUGGCAUUAUUGGAUUAUGUGUUAAUCUAAUUGGCUUAUUAUUGUUUCAUGAACAUGGACACAGUCAUGGUGGUCAUACACAUGUGCCACAACAAGAAGAUAUAGUCACUGUCAAUGCAUCACAGAUACAAAAUGGUGACAUUGGUGGUCAGCAAACCAAAACAAAAACAAAAAAAAUUCAAAAUCAUUCAGCUCGUAAUAUGAAUAUGCGUGGUGUUUUUCUACACGUUUUGGCCGAUGCACUUGGAUCAAUCAUUGUGAUAAUCAGUGCCUUGAUUGUUCAAUACACUGAAUGGGAAUAUAAUAUUUACGUGGAUCCAGCAUUAUCCAUGAUAAUGAUCAUUAUCAUUGGUCAUAGUACAUUUCCACUUUUGAUUGAUUCGGCAUUGAUUUUGUUACAAACUGUACCCACACAUAUUCAAAUUGAUUCAUUACAACGAAAACUAUUGCAAGAAAUUGAUGGAGUAUUGGCCGUUCAUGAAUUUCAUGUUUGGCAAUUGGCUGGCGAUCGUAUUAUUGCAUCGGCACAUAUACGUUGCCGUAAUCUACAUGACUAUAUGCAAAUUGCUGAACGUGUGAAAGAAUUUUUCCACAAUGAAGGAAUUCAUUCAACUACGAUUCAACCGGAAUUUGUUGAACCAGAUGAUACGAUGGAAAGUUCUUUAGAUCAUAAUGGCCCAGGUUCUGAUGAAGGUGUUGGUUGGUCAUCUGGAUUACUAAAUGCUGGCAAUCCAGAUGUACAGCUUAAAUAUCGUUGGAUCAAUGAUGCCAACUGUGCGCUGGAUUGUCCGCCCGGUCAAUUAGGUCGUGGAAGUUGUGUACAAAGUACAUGUUGUGGUCCGCAACAACAAAAACGAUCCACACCUGGAUCUGGAUUGGAUGAAUUAGAAAUUCAAAAAGCUGGUUCAAGUAUUGGAUCACAAUUAUCUCGUCGUAAUAUUCGAAAGUCUGCCAAUAAUCAAACACCAAUAUCUGUGGCAGCAUCCAAACAAAAUAAUAUAUCCCCUUCAUCAUCAUCAUCAUCAUCAUCGUCAUCAACAUCAAACAAUCAACAACCACAGAAGAAUGACAAACCAAUGAAUGAUCCAUUACAAAUGAUCAAUGUUAAUGCCAAAUCUACAACAUUGGCAACAAACGAAUCAAAAUCCGUUCCACCACCAGAAAAUGAUCAUUUAAAUUCUAAAUUAAUUUCAACUGUUUCAUAUUCAAAUCUUAGUCAACAAAGUACUACGACAUCAUCAUCAUCGACAUCCAAUCAUAUUGGUUCAACUGUUGAUUCGAAAGAAAAUUUAAAUGUAGCUACAAAUGGCAUUUAAUUUAUAAUAAUAAUUAAUAUAAAUAUCUUUUCAAUGAACAAAUCAAGACAAUCAAAAAGACAUUUCUAAAUGGAAACAAACAAGUAAACAACAACAACAACAAAAAAGUUCCUUAUUGAAAUGUUUUCUCCAUUUUCUGAUACCGGCAAUACACAAAAAAUGUAUGUAAAUCUCAAUACAUCGAAAUUGACCAUUUCACAUGUUUGUUUGUUCAACUAUAUAGAUUUACAAUCAAUUUUUUUUUACAUCUAAAAAAUUCAUCUAAUUAAU